CCUUUCGAGACACAGAAACUACUGGAAGGACCAAAAUGUUAAGUCCGAAAGUUUGUCGCUCGUGUUUGGUCCAAUUCAACGAAUGCGUAGGCCGAUCUGCUUAAUUGAUCAAGAACGAUGUCAGAAGAUGGGACGAGUGUGCGGUAUUUACGAAGGAGGGAAGCCAACGUUGAUGGUGACGGAUCCUGACCUGCUAAAGCAGAUUCUAGUCAAGGAAUUUCCGUCGCUGCCCAACAGACGGGAUCACCAGAUUGAAGAUCCACUUCUCACUAACAUAAUGACGCUUGCGCCUGUGGAACGCUGGAGAAAGAUACGGCAACUUUCUACACCUGCAUUUUCAACUGCAAAGCUGAGAAAGAUGAAUGACCUAAUUCAAGACUGCGCAAGAGUUAGUGCUAAGCACCUCGCAGACGCAGCGGAAGAAGAAAAAGACGUAGACGUCAAACAGUUUUACGGACACUUCGCUCUCGACAUGAUCGCGAGAUGCGCGUUCGGCACGACGCUCGAUUCCUACACGGACGCCACGAACGAAUUUGUGACGCAAGCGAGGAUAGCUUUCGCCGCGAAUAUCACUCCACUUCAAGUGAUCACUGUUCUACUUGCCAACUUUGUCAAGAGGAUAAAGCCGAAAACGUUUAACGAAAAGGCUUUUCUCUACUUCAAGAGCAUCUGCCAACGCAUCAUGACACAGAGAGCAAAAAACAAUCAGAGAAAAGAGGACUUUCUCCAACUCAUGAUUGAAGCUCGGGAGGGCCGCCUAUCCCAGUGCGGUGACAGCACGGAUGAACCGGGCAGCUGCUUCACCGACGAUGGCGCCGAAGCCAAGUUGAAUGGCACGACAAACGCUAAAGUUUUGACCGAGGACGAAGCCCUGGCCCAGUGCGUGCUGUUCUUCGUGGGCGGCCAGGAGACCACCGCGUCGAUGGUGGCAUUCGCCGCACACCUGCUCGCCGUGCAUCCCGACGUGCAGGACAAACUGAGGCGAGAAGUGGACGAAUGCAUCGCGACUCACGGAAGUGAGCCCAGCAUGGACGCGGUGGCGAGGCUCAAGUAUCUGCAUUGCAUCGUCUCCGAAACGCUGCGACUGUACCCUACGGCCCCAAGGCUAGAGCGGUCGGCCGUGGAAGACUGCGUGCUCGGUGAAACGGGAAUCAAGAUUCGCAAGGGCGGAAUGGUCACCGUGCCUCUCUACGCUCUGCAUCGAGACCCGGAGUUCUUCCCGGAGCCAGACGCUUUCAAGCCUGAAAGGUUCAGCGAAGAAAACGCCGACUCCAUCAAGCCAUACACGUAUCUUCCUUUCGGGGCUGGACCCAGAAACUGCAUCGGAAUGCGACUCGGACUCCACGCUAUCAAGGUCGCCUUGCUGCACUCCGUUCACAAAGUACAGUUUGUUCGGACGGAAAAAACGCAGGUUCCAUUGAAAAUGGCGACCGUAUUCGGCGCCGUUACUGCCGAAGACAUGACCGUAGGAAUACGAAAGCGAACGCCGUUGGUUGCGUAGCUGCGCGAAAAAAAAAAAAUCUUGAAGGCACGACAUCAGGAAAACUAUUUAGUUCCACGUAGACCCAAAUC